UCAAUGAUAAAAGCAAAGCAGGUCUCCUCCUGCUCUUGAGUUUUAAAUAAAGGCAGGCUGGCACAUUUAAGAGUAAAACCUGCUGAGUCUGCGUUUCCUGUGUGGAGAUUUCUUCCCAUAAAUGCAAAAGACAGCAACUUUUUUUUCCCUUUUGAACUUUGACUACGGGGAAAACAUCCGGGUUCUAACCACGUGACCCGAGUCCCACUCACAUGACAGGAGGCCACUUUUUUUUAAUCCUCAUUCAAUUACAACAGUUUACAAAGAGUGUAUUUUUAACCCCCAUUAACAAACAACCGUGUUUUCGUAUGUUUGCCGAUUAAAUCGCAGCUUGUUUACUUUAAAGACAAACCAGUUUGUUUGCAAGCCUGUCAAAAGAUCAUUUGCAGGCAGUUAAAAAGCGUCAGUUAGUUUGCAUGGAAAAGAAGCACAUUGUUGCCCUAAAAUGGAAGUAAAUGUCAGCACAAAGUACUAUCUAACAUUCGGCACUUCUUAGAUAAACUUUUAACGAUUGGGGUGUUUGGGUAAACUUUAAAAAAAAACAAAAAAACAUGAGUACAACAUCAGGCGACUGCAGCCAAGUGAAUGCUAUAGCUAGCUGUCAGUGAGAGUUAGCCAAGGGAGGACGACCACAGAAGCGGGCGAUAAGAAGUUUGGGACCCACCAUACUCAUGAAGAGGUCAUCCCCGUCGUCUUCAUCGCUGCCUCGGCCUUCGACGUCUCCAGAAUCCAGCACGUCUUGGUCCUCCGAGUCGGGGAACGGAGGAGGACUGCGCUCCGAGCUGGUCGCCAUCUUCAAAUUGGCUUUAAAAAACUUGAAAGAGCAGAGAAGCUGGCGGAUGGCUUCAGACAGACAGAGUCCCUCUGCUUUUGUGGCUGCUAAUGUUUCCUCCGCUGCCCAUGCGAGGACACAACACGGCUGAGUAAAGUCAGUGAACUCGCCUCGGGACGGUGGAAGUGCUCCUAAAGUGACAGGGAAGUCGGCUGUGGAUGAGAGGAGGCGGAGGAGGGGGGCGCAACGCAAGAAAACGCUGCUGUCACUUUUCACUUCCUGGUUAGCUUAGCUCACCCGUGUUAGCCUGUUAGCCACCUCGCUCGUUAGCCUAUAAGUAACGUCACCUAGCAUUGAGCGUGUUAGCGCAACAACCAUCUAGCUAGUUCGCUUAGCGGUUCGACUGUCAGAAUGAAGCCCGGAAAGGGAUACAUAAGAGCAACUUAUCUGACCGCAUGAGUGGAGCGUUUCUGUGGGGGGAUGCGUGGUUUAAAAUCUACUGGAGAUGAAGAGCCUCUUCUCAAGGGGGGAAACCGACUUCCCAACGACAUCGACUCGGAUGAAGGGGAGACUUUAUAUGAGAGGAGUGCAUCAAAAGAGGCGGAGGACACACGGACAAGAAUAACAUAUGAAGAGGCGGUCGAUGCAGCAGGCUUUGGUUUGUUCCACUGGCUGCUGCUCUUGGUGUGCGGCUGGGCCAACGCCAGUGAUGCCGUGGAGAUUGUCUGCGUGUCCUUCCUGCUACCCACCGCACGUUGCGAUCUCCUGCUCAGCUCCUCCGACAUGGGCCUGCUCACUGCCAGCAUUUUCCUCGGCAUGAUGGUGGGCGGCUACAUGUGGGGCUACCUGGCCGACCAGAAGGGGCGUCGUAGUGUCCUGGUGGUGUCCCUGGGCGUGAAUGGUGUGUUUGGAGCUCUGGCCAGCGCGGCGCCCUGGUUCUGGCUCUUCCUGCUGCUUAGGUUCAUCAGCGGUGUGGGAGUGGGCGGGUCAAUUCCAGUCAUCUUCUCCUACUUCUCUGAGUUCAUGCCUCGACUGAGACGAGGUGCCAUGAUCAGUGCGCUGGCCACCUUCUGGAUGGCAGGGAACAUUCUAGCUGCAGGCCUGGCCUGGUUGGUAAUCCCCAGAACCUGGGCACAUUUUGUCAUGGGCCAACUGGACUUCAAGAGCUGGCGGGUGUUUGUGGUGUUGUGCUCCAUCCCAAGCCUCACAUCAGCGCUCAUCUUCAGGCUUCUCAUGCCCGAAAGCCCCAAGUUCCUCAUGGAGGCUGGCCGAGAGAGCGAGGCAAUCCACGUCUUCCGCUUGAUGUUUGAGCUGAACACUCGUGGCAAAGGAGCGUCUUACCCGGAUGUUAGUUUGCACGUGAGCGUCCCGCAAAGAGCGUAUCAGACCCAGACUGGACUAUCACGCGGAGGUCGACUCGUCAGCGUUGUGAAAAAGGGUCUGAUGCCGCUCAAGCAGAUGUUUGAAGGCACGCUCAAGUGCAGAAGCUUGGCCCUGCUCGUCAUCUUCUACUGCAUCUCCUUUGGCUUCUACGGGCUGUGGAUGUGGUUCCCAGAGCUCUUCGCCAGACUGGAAGCCGGCGGAUCGCCUUGCGCCAACAUGUCCUCCCCAUCUGAGCACAAGAACCAAAGCUGCUAUCCUGUCAAGACCGUCGUAUACGAGGAGGGCUUCUUCAUCGCGGCAUCCAACCUUCCAGGCAACAUCUUCACAAUCUUGGUGAUGGACAGCAUCGGAGGGAAGGUGCUGCUCUCUGGCAGCCUGCUGGCGUCCAGUCUCAGUGUCUUCUUCAUCUACAUCGUCCACACCAAAGUCCAAAGUCUGUUUCUGUCCUGCUUGUUCAGCGGCGUGUCAGUCAUCGCUUGGAACGCUCUGGACGUGUUGGGGACCGAGCUCUACCCUACACAACUACGCUCGUCUGCGCUCGGCGUCUUCACAGGGGUUGGCCGUGUGGCGGCCAUCACGGCCAACAUGGUCUUCGGCAGGUUGGUGGACAGCGAGUGCGCUGUGCCCAUUCUGCUGGUGUCAGCGAUGCUGCUGUGCGGCGGUCUGACAGCAUUUUUCCUGCCGCACAGCAAGCAGACAGCACUCACCUAACCUUUAACCCCUCCCGGGAACUCUCCUCAACGGGAAAAACCAGUGCCUUUUGUCUUCAGACGAAAACCCAACAGCUAGUGAUUUUUAUUAAUGGUAUCUAUACAGAUUUUAUAUUAUUGUUUUAUUUGCAACAUUUAGUACAACCAAUAAGAAUUAUGGAAUGUUAUAUUAUGCUGACAAUCCUGACGUAACACCAGGAAUGACCUGUGAGUGGCACUGUUCUGCACAAAGCUGCAAAGUAAAAGCUCUGUUAGCUUCUCUGCUAUCUCCUUCGCGGUGACGGUUUCUAUCGUGUUCAGCUUAGUUGGACACAUUACAUAAACAAUCGUUUCUUUGUCACUCAUAAAAGAAGUUGGUCUUCUAUUAAUGAAGUCCGUCACUCUGUGUAGCAAUAGCAAGUCGCUAUUAUCGUUUGUUUUACUUCCGCUUUCUUCAAGCAGUUCGCUUCCUGAUUGGCCAUCUCGUUUCUUAGGGGAGGACGCUUUGACGUCACGUGUAUACCCUUUACGGUCACAAGAGGGCGCAUUUUCAUAAUUCCUUUUAGAUUCAUUUAUAUGGCUUUUCUGAUCUUGUCAUUAAAAUUAUUUGUGCUAAGGAUUGAUUGGCAAGAUGUUUUUUGUAGUAAAUUGUUUGUAGAAUUGCAUAUGCUUUUGUUUGUGCUAUUACAAAGAAAACCUCUCAAUACCUCAACAAGCAGCACACAGUUCCCAUGAUCACCACUGAAAUACUGUUCUAAUACAUGCAAAAAAUGACAAUACAGUUGAGCCAAAGUUGUUUCUUCGUUUUUAUCUGCUUUGGUAAAAACCUCUGUGACAUUCACCAACAUUAUAAGCAAAUAAAUAUACUCCU